CUCCGAGUGACCGAGUCGAGUCAUCGGCAAUGCUUCUCAUAAAUUGCCGGCGCGAUAUUAAAAUAGGUAGACGGGAAGCUCUGGGAUAUCUUGGCCACCGCUCAACGAGGUUGGACCUUGGAUAAAGUCCCACAAUUUCAAAAGAAAGACACCGAAUUUGACUUUUUGACCCUACUAGCUAGUACCCCUUGCUACCGGUAUACUUUUGCUUGUCUUUUUAGCGCCACCAUGAAGCUCUUGGUCCUGCUCUGCCUUGCCUUUGGCGGUGCCAUGGGAGAGUUUGGUGACUAUGUGGAUCCUACCUUCAACUGUCCCGCUACCACGACCUGCCCACGAGUGUGUGUUGAGUUUGCCGAAGACUGUCCUGCUGAAAUGAAGUGUUCAGAGUACGAGAUGCUCUGUGCAGAUGGGACUUGUGCAACCUUUUGUGACCCCAACUUCGUGUCUCCUUGCGAAAGCCAGUGUGCCCCUGUUGCUUGUCCCAAGAUUGUCACUACCUAUGAUGUCUGUCAAACCAACUAUACGUCCUACUACGAGUUUGCCAACACCUGUGAAGACAUCUUUGAGGAGAUCACGGAUGCGUAUGACAAGGGAGACUCACUCUCGUGGACACAUCCGGCCUGCAUUGCCGUCUACAUUUGGGUUUGUGGAGUUACCCUUGGUAUCAUCCAUUGGUGCUGGUACAAUCACUAUGUUGACCCAGUGGAAGGAUCUUGCAAGGUCUUGCAAGUAUGCCCAAAAGAUGACAGCUCUACAGGUACAACAUCCCAGACUGGUUACAGGAAGCACCCACUGGGAGUGGUCCUCUACUGGUGGACUCUGACUACUUAUGUUGGAUGGAUGUUCCUCCUGGCUGUCGUCAGCUACCUCUACAUGGAUAACCUCGACGAUCAUGACAACCUCAUCCUGACCUUAAAAAUGUUUGCAGUUGUGUGGAACGUGGGCUUGCUGUGGAGUUUCUGGCUCAAGUACCCACAGAGUCUGGAAGCCAUCUUCUUGCGUCGCUGCACCCUUUCAGAGGCUACCCAGGUCGCCAUCUACCACGAGAUUCAACAAGGCCCCAAGAUACCAGAGGAAGAUUCCAUCUUUCCUGCCUUUCAAAGGUUCAUUCAAGGCAUAACCUCAGUUGGUUCAACUGCCAUGAGCUUCAUCUAUGCCGGUGCAGGAGAACGACCCGACCCAAAGAAGGCAAUGAUUCAGUACUGUCCCGUCCUCAAGAACCCUACUGAUGGAUCCAGGUACUUUGUCUUUCUCUUUCGUAGAUACAACUUUGAUGAGAAGAAGGGCAUCUUUGAACCAGGAACAUUAGAGAGUGGCAAGACAUUUGCGGAGAUUGCUCCAGCAGGAAUUGAAACGAUUGAUCCCAUGGAACUCGCCCUGCAGCGUGUCAUUGACGGAAAAGAGCCCACUGUCAAGUACCGUGUGAACGGGCGUGGUUUGUCCAAGCAGGACGUAGACGAAAGAUACAGGGCUGUGGGGCCAAACGUCAUUGACAUGACCGAGCCGUCCUUCGUAUCUGUUUUCCUCGAAGAAAGCAACAAGCCAUUCUACAUCUAUCAGUUCUACAUUCUUUGGAUUUGGAUUACCACUCAAUACUGGCAUAUGGCCAUUGUCAACUGGGGGAUCAUUCUGAUCACAAUCUGUGUCGUCUCUUGGCUCCGCUUCCAGGGUGCCCUUGUUCUAUUCCAGCUCUCCUCCAUUCAAGGUUCCGCAACCGUUCUGCGUGAUGGAUCUUUUGUUGAGAUCGACCAAAUCGAUCUUGUUCCUGGCGACACAGUCAAGCUCAGCCCCGGCGUUACAUACUGCGACAUGCUUCUUCUCACAGGCGAGGCCAUCGUGGAUGAGAGUGCAUUGACGGGAGAAGCAACUCCACAAGCAAAGUCACCGAUUGACAUGCGCAGUACAAGUGUGUUCAACCCCAAACUUCAUAAGAAACAGCUCGUUGCGGCUGGCACCAAGAUUCUGGAAUGCGAUGAUGCCCUGGCUGUGGUCAAGAACACAGCUUCAUACACCAUGAAAGGAGAACUCCUCCGCGAUAUCAUCUCCUUCCGGCAAUACACGCCCAAGCUUGAAACUCAAAUCCCGUUGGUUGUUGCUACGCUUGUUGCAUGGAGUUCAGUUCUCUUCCUUCUGGUGUAUUUUGGCUCGGGCAGUGAACCCGUCAUUGCCUGGUCCCUUGGAAUGACCGCCUUUGCCAACUGCUUCCCAGCACUCCUUCCAAUCAGUUUCACAGUGCCUGUUGGCAUCUCCUUCAAUAGGUUGUCCAAGAACAAGAUCGCCUGCUCUAAUUCUGAUAGCAUUUUGAUUGCUGGCAAAGUUAGCAUUUCAUUCUUCGAUAAGACUGGGACAUUAACGAAACAAGGCCUAGACUUUGUUUCAGCUCGAUCUGCCGAGAGCUGGGAAUAUGGUCAAUGGAGGAGUGACUCAAUCGACAUUGCCAUGGCCACUUGUCACUGCCUCACGGUCUCCGCUGAGAAGAACAUCAUUGGGAACCCUGUUGACAGAGCUAUGUUUGCUGCCACGAAAGCUAAGAUGAUCGACGUGUCGGGAGCGUCCGCUACCAUCAAGACGAAGGCUGGAACCUAUGAGGUUCUGCGUAGAUUCGAUUUUGACCACAAUACAAUGACACAAAGUGUGGUCGUUCGUUUGCCAAGCGGCGAGAUUAAGGCCAUUGUCAAGGGAUCGGGAGAGAAUAUCAGCAAGCUUUGUGGUCCAGAAAGCUUGCCGGCAUCCUUUGAAAGCAAACUUGGGGGACAAUCUAGGCUGGGCAUUUAUCAGAUCGCAGUGGGCUGGAAAGACCUUCCAAACAGGACUUCCGUGAACGAGCUCGCACGAUGCGACGUGGAAAGCAGUCUCAUCUUCCAAGGCGUCUUGAACUUUUCCAAUGAGAUCAGAGAAGACACACCAGCCGUGAUCCAAGAGCUCAAUCAGGCGAAUGUUCAACCCAUCUGUUUGACAGGUGACAGCUUGUACACUGGAAUAUUUAUUGCCCGAAAGUCUGGGAUCAUUCCAAAAGGUGAAUCGGUGACGAUCGGCCAGCUGAUUGAAACUCACGAAGAGAUAGUCUGGACUGACGAAGAGGACAAUCCUCAGACUGCGCCUAAUGUAACAGAACGCACGCAGGUUGUAAUGUCAGGAGAAGCCUGGCAACAGUUAUUGUCGAGACAACGCACCUACGCAUUUGCCUUGGCUCCGAGUCUUCGCGUCGUGGGCCGCUGCUCGCCACAGGACAAGGUAUCCGUUGUGGACACGUUUGUAUCCCUUGGCUUUGUAACCAUGAUGUGUGGUGAUGGUGGAAACGAUUGCGGAGCCCUGAAAGCCGCGCAUGUCGGUUUGGCACUGAGUGACAGUGACGCCAGCAUUGUGGCCCCCUUCACUGCUUUGGACAAAGAAAUCAUUGGGGUGUUGAAAGUCCUCAAAGAAGGUCGAGGUGCCUUGGCUUCCACAAUGGCCACGUACAAGUAUGUGGUUCUUUACGGACAAAUCACAAGUUACAACCAGCUUAUCAUGUACUACUUCCAGGCGUCCUUCUCUGAGUGGAUGUGGACGUUGAUUGAUGGGUUCUGGACGAUUUCAUUUGCUUUGACGUUGCCUAGGGCUCUUCCAAGCCCGUUACUCUCGAAGACGAGGCCAACAUCUUCCAUUUACGGAGUUCAAACUGUGUCAAGUGUUGUUGGAAUAAUGCUCAUCCAUUUCAUCUUUAUUACGAUUGCUUUCGUCACCCUCUUCAACGAGGAUUGGUAUCAGUGCAGGAAAUGGGGCAACAGUAUCUCCACGGCCAACAUUCUUCAAACAAGUGACAACUAUGAGAUCACUGUCAUCUUCCUUGUUACCGGUUUUCAAUGUCUGUGCUCCGCCAUGACCAUGAACUUUGGCUACGAGUUCCGUCGUUGGUGGGGUCGAAACUGGUCCUUUGCUGUUCUUGUGAUUGGGUUCACUAUUCUUCACUUUUUCAUAACUCUGGUACCCUCAAAAGUCAGUUGUAUUUGGCGAAUCAACUGCGAAAACGAAGACGUGGUCCGUUCGGUUACAAGUCCCGACCUAGCUCCCAUUUUCAAUCCGUUCAACACAACUGUGAUGCCCAUGUCAUUCCGCUGGAAACUUGUUUUCAUCAUGGUUGGAAAUGGGGUUGCCGUUGCGCUUUAUGACUACUUCAUUGUCAAUGGCAUUCGUCGCUGGAAGGCAGCCAAGAAAGACAAAACAGUGCGCGAAUUCAAAGAUGAUCAGGUGAAAGCUGUGGACGCAUCAGCAGUCGAAAAGGACAACUUUGAGGACGAAAAGGAACCAGAGCAAGCUCCACCUCUUCACCGCCACAAUACCGACUUCACUAGUACCGAUGACCUUGGUUCCAGCAGCUUCCUCUCUAAUAUAUCAGUUUGAGUCCGUGGCUGGAUUCCGUUGCGCUCGUGUCUCAGUGUUGACGCAUUCGCGAGACUUGGUUGCGAACUCAUGAAUCAAAAAGAGUGCACGCUUCACUCUGCACAACAGCUAGACCACCAAGACUUCUCCAGCAUAGCAGUUGCAACCUCCUUUCAAUCCAGAACCCGCCGCACAUUGAUGCAGCGAUCCCAGCAAGUGCAACGUGGAUCCACGUCGAUACCGCCAAACUCGUGCUCAGCGAGAACAGUUUGCGACCUUCAUGACACACCUUUUGUGUCGUACAGCAGCUUUAACUGAUAAGGAGAUUGAGUUCAACCUCUAGCUAGCUAGUUAUAAGACAUUACGUACUGCCUUGAGCAUGGCAUCGCUCGCCAGCCCGUCGCCUCCUCCGAACCGUGAAAAUUAUUUAGCAUCUAAACAACAACA